AUGGCUGGUUCUGCCGAUUCUCAAGACUGGGAGCGAUUCAAGAAUGUUAUACGCGCUCUCUACACUGCGAAAAGCCAUAAACUCGAAGGACCUGAUGGCGUGAUAGAACGAAUGGAGAGUCGAUUUGGGUUUAAACGGACAAAAGCACAAUAUGAGAGGCAAUUCAAGAAAUGGGGAUUUCAGAAAUACCGGACAAAAGAGGAUUGGAAAACCAUGAAUCAAAAGAUUGAACUCCGGAAAAGAAAUGCCACAGAAAGUAAUAUCUAUUGCGAUGGGGAAUUGAUGUCCAACAAGAAACUUCGAAAGGAGAUUUCUCGCCAAGGUUAUAUGACAUCCACCGAACAAUUCAUUCGAGCCCAAGAACCACCCCCCCAAACGCCUCCUGGAUUUGACAUUCGCACCCCCACCGCUCAGCCAUUAUUCAGACUAGUGUUUGAAAACCUACCUAUACUUCAAUUCCAAGCAAAGAUACAGCCCUUAAGUAAAUCCAUCAGGUCUUUCGAUACUGGGUUGUCAGCCCUCGUACCACUCUUGGGAAACGCUCAUCAACCCUACAACAACAAAUCCGCCCUUCCAAUUAUCGAAUCCCUCCUUCCCAACUCAGCCUUGCUGGAUGAAGUAUGCGCAACGGGGCUUGCAAUAGAACGAGUUGAUCAACUUGGCCCUGUUGAAUUCUUGAACCUGUCAAUUUUCUUGAUCUCGAACAACUUCCCUGGCAAGGCCAAUCGUGAACAAUUAUGCAAAUGGCUCAAAGACCAUGUCAAUCCAUCUGUUCUCAAAGCACUCUCAUCUAUGGGAGGGCCAACCGCGGAUGCACUACUCGAGAACCUCUUUCGGUUUGCAGUUGAAUCUGAAGAUAUACCAACUGUCAAAUACCUGAUCAAAUCAGGAGUGAAUCCUAAUGGCCACGCAUGUCGACAUUCAUCAAUCCCUGACGACCUGACCCCUUUGCAGUUGGCUUGCAUCCUAGGGAAUAUAGAAUUAAUUCAAGAACUGAUCCAAGCUGGAUCGAGCAUUGACCAACCUGGGACUGGGUGGAAAAGUAGUGCACUGGUACUUGCUAUCAUUGGAGCGAAUCUCAAGAAGGAAGAUCAUAAUAUUUACUGUCAGGGUGACCAGGAGCCCAAAGACGACAUGGCCUCCGAAGAAAGCCACCUCCUCAGUCUCACCAACUCUUUGAUUGAUUCAGGAGCGGGUAUCAACCUCGACGAUACUGAUAAGUCUUGUCCAGCGUCCCCGAGAUGGCCGGGACAUCACCAAUAUCUAUUCGACCCAAUAGCUUCAAUCACGAAGGUUAGCCAUUCGCCGCUCACAGUAGCUGCUAAAUACAAAAACAUAGAGCUAGUUGAUUUUCUCAUAAAAAAGGGUGCGGAUGUCAAGUUCCGAACAAACUACAACACUUCCGCUAUUAUCGAAUGCUUCGAUGGCUGCAGUGAUAUGAAUUUAUUCACAGAUUUCAAGAUCAAUUUUAGCACUGGCGAGACAACCCCGCGAUCCCCUAAGCCUGUCCUGCCAUUUUCAGGCUGUAGCUUGUCCAAAUUCCAUACCGUGGUUCGCAGUCUAUUAGAGGCAGGAGCAAAUGCAAAUGACCAAUUCAAGCACUGCCAGUCCAAUUGGCGCAGCGAGGAAGAACAUCAUUAUGGUUAUAAUUGCUGCGAAACCUACACAGUCCUUGAUCUAAGUGUGCUCACAGAAAGAGUGGAAGUUGUUGGUAUGAUGUUAUAUGCCGGAGCAGGCCCGGUGACAGAGAAUUCAAUGGAACGUGCGAUUAGUAAGGGGGGCCUUGAAAUGAUAUGUUACCUUUUAAACGCUGGUGCUCCUCUCUCGUCAGAAGCAGUAAGGGGCGCAAUGUUGAGAGGCGGCAAUGUCCAGUUUAUAGAGGCCCUCCUUGCGAAGCGACAAGAUAUUUACAUGAAAGAAGUAGUGUUUGUUGAGGCAUUACGGCGAGGGGACGUCUCUGUUCUCGACUACCUCUUCAAGGAUGAAACUUGCAACAGUCAAGACUUUAUACCCACAUCUCUCGAAUUGACCGAGGCUAUUCAAGAAUGUUGCCGCUCGGGAAAUAUUGACGCCCUUCGCCUUAUACUUGACAAGAGUUCAACAUAUCAGUUCCCAAUUUCUUCCUGGUUUGGCAAAUCGCUUAUUAUCGCGGUUUCAAAAGGUCGUGACGAAGUAGCAGAUGCCCUUUGUUCGGCCGGUGCGGAUAUCAAUGCUAUACCACUAUUGCUCGCGAUCAGGAAGAAGAACAAGCGAAUAGUUAGGAAUCUCAUUAGCGCUGGCGCAAGGUUGAACACAGAAUCUAAAUGCCUAAGUUGCUAUGGAUACCACAAGGUAUCUGGAAAUAUCUUGAUUUCUGCUAUUGAAUGGGGUGAUCGUACUGUGAUUGAGGAUCUCCUCCAAGCAGGUGCAAACAUAGACGCUUUAGGAACCUACAGUGAGAGGUGGAUCACUAAAUGUUGCUUUAAUAGCAACAUGACACCCCUCGCAGCUGCCAUUUUGGCGAAAGAUUCGAAUUUAGUCAGGUACUUGAUUUCUGCAGGUGCUGCAGUCAACUUCCCGCGUGAUUGUAUGCCUACUUGCAUAGGUGUAACGCCCCUCGUUGCUGCCAUUUUGACGAAUGAUUCGAAUUUAGUCAGGUACUUGAUUUCUGCAGGUGCUGCAAUCAAUAUUCCGCCUGAUUGUAUGCCUAAUGGCAAUGGUAUAACGCCCCUCGUUGCUGCUAUUGAGCAGAAGGAUUUAGAUUUGGUCAAAUAUCUCAUAUAUGAGGGUGCUGAAAUCAAUAGCUUGUCUGGUUUUAUGGGCAAUAAUGACACAUACGUAACGCCUCUUGCAGCCGCUACUUCAAUUGGAUAUUUCGAAGUAGCUGAUUCUCUUAUCCAAGCAGGGGCAAAUCCAUAUGAUGACCGAGCCUUAACCGCAGCAACUAAUGAUCUCAAGCUACUUCAACUACUUCUUACAGCAUUGCACAACUGGGACCAACCAAGCGACAGGUGUCAGAUAGGAGGUCGCGCACUCUAUGAAGCGGUUUGGAAUAAUGACCAGGUCAUGGUCAGGGCUAUUCUUGAUAGUCCUCUUAGGGAUAAGAUAUCGACUAUAUGGCUUUCAUUUCUUUUGCGUAAUGUCAUCUGCAAUCAUUAUAGAAAUUUGAGUAUCGUACGCAUACUGAUAAUGUCAAUUGCGGACCUGAAUCUCGCCCUACCAUCUGAGGAGGGGCACAAUUUCGCAUCUAGCCUUUGGGAGGCGGUCGAGCAUGGCAAUCGACAAGUAGUCGAAAUCCUGCUAGAAGCAGGGGCACACCCAGAUAUAGCAACUUGCGACAUAGCAUACUCGCCAAUGCAGCAUGCUGUUAUUAAGGGAAACCAAGAUAUAGUACAGAUAUUCCUCGAUCAUGGGUCCAAUCCGGAUGCAGCUUUACCACAUCGCAACAAAAGCACACCGAUUCCGAUUGCAGUUGACAACCAAGACAUGAAAAUGCUCAGGAUCCUUCUCCAAUACAACUAUAAUCCCAAAACUGUCUUUGAUGACAUGAAACACACACCUUUGCAAACGGCAGCCCGGGAUGGGAAUAAAGAGAUGGUUGAACUCCUGCUCGAGCAUGGAGCGGAUGUGAAUUCGCCGCCGCCUAAAAGGUUUGGCGCAACUGCGCUACAGUUUGCCGCCAUCAAUGGCUUUGCUGGAAUUGCCUAUCUCUUGUUGCAGAAUGGCGCGGAUGUCAACGCUCUGGCCGCAGAAAUUGAUGGUAGGACAGCAUUAGAAGGAGCGGCGGAGCAUGGAAGGACUGACAUGGUCCAAUUACUCCUUAAUGCUGAAGCAAAUAUCUUCGGAGAUGGACAACCACAAUAUGAAAAUGCUGUCAGAAGAGCGUCCGAAAAUGGACAUCAUGGAAUUCGGCGGUUACUCGAAUCAUAUCAUGGGUAG